AUGGUGAAGUGUGUCCUUGUAAGUGGGGAGAAAGGUGCUAAUGUAUCCCUAGUAGGUGUUGACGACAGCAACAUUCUGCAUGUGGCAUCUGAAGGAGGACAUGAGGAGAUGGUGAAGUGUGUCCUUGUAAGUAAAGGUGCUGAUGUAUCCCUAGUAGGUGUUGACGACAGCAACAUUCUGCAUGUGGCAUCUGAAGGAGGACAUGAGGAGAUGGUGAAGUGUGUCCUAGUAAGUAAAGGUGCUAAUGUAUCCCUAGUAGGUGUUGACGACAGCAACAUUCUGCAUGUGGCAUCUGAAGGAGGACAUGAGGAGAUGGUGAAGUGUGUCCUUAUAAGUAAAGGUGCUAAUGUAUCCCUAGUAGGUGUUGACGACAGCAACAUUCUGCAUGUGGCAUCUGAAGGAGGACAUGAGGAGAUGGUGAAGUGUGUCCUUAUAAGUAAAGAAGCUAAUGUAUCCCUAGUAGGUGUUGACGACAGCAACAUUCUGCAUGUGGCAUCUGAAGGAGGACAUGAGGAGAUGGUGAAGUGUGUCCUUGUAAGUAAAGGUGCUGAUGUAUCCCUAGUAGGUGUUGACGACAGCAACAUUCUGCAUGUGGCAUCUGAAGGAGGACAUGAGGAGAUGGUGAAGUGUGUCCUUGUAAGUAAAGGUGCUAAUGUAUCCCUAGUAGGUGUUGACGACAGCAACAUUCUGCAUGUGGCAUCUGAAGGAGGACAUGAGGAGAUGGUGAAGUGUGUCCUUGUAAGUAAAGGUGCUGAUGUAUCCCUGGUUGAGCAUCCAUCAUUGCACGAUGUGGGAUUCAGCACGUGGGCUGAUUGCUGCAACAGUCUGGGUCCUCCUCGUGUGGCAGUCGUCAUGUCGUGA